GUGCUCUUUUCUCCAGAAAGCAUUCAGAGGCUGUGGUGGUUGGGAUGUCUCAUUUUUGUGACUGUUCUAAGCGACUCGAAAAGAGCUUUGUUUUGGAUGGGGUGGCUGUGAGCACAAUGGCCCGGGCCUACAGCCUCUUGAAGCCCAAGGUCUGGUCCGCGAUUCCACCUUACAACCCACAACAGGACUACCAUACUCGUCGGUACUUCCGGAGCCAUGUGGUUCCGCCCAUUUUGCGGAAAACUAAUCAGGACCAUGGCGGUACAGGAAGGGAUGGCUGGAUAGUGGAUUAUUUCCACAUUUUUGGUCAAGGACAGAGAUAUCUGAACAGGAGAAACUGGGGAGGGGCAGGACAUUCCCUCCAGCAGGUGAGUGGACAUGACUACUACAAUGCCAAUCUGAAGCCCAUAACGAUGGGCUUAAACGGUCGAUUCGGCUACCGCAGGAACACUCCAGCCCUCCGUCAGCGCACAUCAGUGUUUGGAGAAGUCACUCCAUUCCCUGUCUUCUGAAGACGUUGCUUUACAGUAUUUGACAUGAAUCUCCAAGACAGACGUUUAGAUGAGCUGUCGAUGCUAUUCUAUAUUUUUUAAACUUGCA